GUCUGGUAUUCAGGGCCGUAAAAAAUUAAAAAAAAAAAUAAAAAUAAAAAAAUAUAUGCUGGCGUGUGAAGUGAUUUUUUACAAAUGUAAAUAUUGUUUUAAACGAAUAUUUAGCAGCUAAUUAUGUUGUACGGAAUGAAAUUUUGACAAAAAAAGACUUUAAUAGUUAGGGUUUAAGAAAACAAACUUAAGAGACGCAGUAACCCACUCGUUUUAUGAGCGAUUUAUUUGCUCAAUUAUGAUCAUAUAUUUGUGUUCUAAAACAAAAUUCCAAUGAAUAAUAACAUGAGCUCACAACAAAGCCCGGCUAACAUGCAGGCGGUCGUGGACAGAGAAAAGAUAUACACAUGGAUCCUGGAACUGUGUAACCCGGACACACGAGAGAAUGCCCUGUUGGAACUUAGCAAAAAGCGCGAAGUUGUACCAGAUUUGGCGCCAAUGUUGUGGCACAGCUUCGGCACAAUCGCUGCGCUGUUGCAGGAGAUCACCAACAUCUACGUGGCCAUGAUACCGCCCACACUGACAGCACACCAGAGCAACCGGGUCUGCAACGCGCUAGCUCUAAUGCAGUGUGUAGCGUCCCACCCCGAGACUAGGUCAGCGUUCCUACAAGCUCACGUGCCUCUUUUCCUCUACCCGUUCCUCCAUACAGUGUCCAAAACCCGCCCGUUCGAAUACCUCCGUCUAACCAGCCUAGGCGUCAUAGGUGCCCUAGUGAAAACUGAUGAGCAAGAGGUGAUCACCUUCCUACUAACCACAGAGAUUAUACCCCUAUGUUUACGCAUCAUGGAAAAUGGAUCAGAACUAUCAAAGACAGUAGCAACAUUUAUAUUGCAGAAGAUAUUGCUGGAUGACAGUGGUCUGAGCUAUAUUUGUCAGACUUACGACCGAUUUUCACAUGUGGCUAUGAUUUUGGGAAAGAUGGUGCUCUCUUUAGCCAAAGAUCCAUCGGCGAGAUUGUUGAAACACGUUGUCAGGUGUUACCUGAGACUGUCUGAUAAUCCUAGAGCAAGAGAGGCACUGCGACAAUGUCUUCCAGACCAGUUGAGGGAUGCAACAUUCACAACAUGCCUUCAAGAAGAUAAUUCUACAAAACACUGGCUCGCUCAAUUGAUUAAGAAUUUGGAGGCUCAGCCCCCUCCCGCCAGUCCAGCUCAACCAAAUAUGUACAAAACAAGAAAGCACUAAUUUUGUACGCUGAUUGUAGUGGACUGGAUAACAAAUAAACAAAUAAAAGCUUUCAUAAUAUUGAUAA